CUGGCAUUGGUGUGUUCAUCUUUCUUGUGAUUGUACUCUUUCUUUACCUCAAUAACAAGCUAUCCCUUGAGAGUGCCAACCAACUGUCCAGUCUUGACCAGUACAGAAAGAGCACAGAGCCAGCAGGUGCUCAGAUCAUUUUUGAUUAAAAUGUUUUUGCCAUAUGAAGCGGUUUUUAACUGUAGAUUUUGAGCAGUCUACAUGAUCCAAUGUCCAGACAUAUAUUCAUCAUAAAUUGACCAAUCAAACCUGCCAUCCAUGGCAGCAUGGCAUUUUUUAAGAGCUUCCAGCAACGUCUCCCCUCCAUGUCUGCCGUGUUGGAAUCGGUGUCAGAGAAGGUUGAUGACCUGGCUUAUGCACUGAGUGAUGUCACAUUCACGGUGAGCGGAGAACUCGCUGAGCAUGUCAAUACCAUCAUCCACAAAGUCCAGGCCGAGGAGCUGAAGAGGAUUCGUAAGAAAGAGGCGGAAGAGAAGGAGGCUGCAGCACGGCAGGCCCAGAAAAGAGAUCCAUUUCUGGGUAGGACUGAAAUCCAGACCCAGGCUGCAUGUGGCCUAGUGAAGGACCCUGAGCCUCAGACUACAGGCAACGACACUGGUUCAGUGCUGUUCACUGAGACUUUCUCUACAGAAAGCGACCUCUCACAGGCUCCUGACACAAUAAAAGAAAAGUUCAAAGAGGAAAAUGGUGCCGCUUCACCUUCUGUACUACAACAAAAUGGAUCCUGUGUUAAAGAAAGAACUGAGUCCACUAAACUAAAAACAACUAGAAGCCCAGCAGAUGGUUGUGAGGAGAAGACAUCUAGUAAUAGUGAGAGACCUGCUGAAGAUAAGAGCUAUGUGAAUGCAGACUAUCACUGCUCGUCGUCAGACAGUGAUGAUGAGGUUAUUGGCCAGUACCAGGAGGCCGUGUCUCGAUCGCAGGGUCUCCGGGGUGGUUCAGCGGGGACUAACUCACGCCACCAGAAGGGUUAUGGCUGGGACACACGGCAGAAAUACUGCCCCCUAGCGGCGGAAUAUGAUGGCUACAGCAGCGAGGCCUCAGCAGAUGAUGUAAACUGUAUCCAGCGGAUGAGACGGACUCCACCAUUGGAUGAGCUGCAGCCUCCACCCUAUCAGGAUGAGGAUGGGUCGCCACGCAUGUCAUGCACACCCUCUGACCUGGGCGAUGCCAAAUGUGACCUUUCCCAUGGGAGCGAGAGCCCCAGACACAGCUAUGGAAAAUGUCCAAGUGAGGUCAGCGGAGCACAGGAAACAGAGAGUUUUCUUAACAAGGGCUAUGAAGAAGAUGUACCCAGUGACAGCACUGCUGUGCUCAGCCCAGAGGAUCUGUCUGCACGUGGAUCGGCGGCUCAGCUUCCCAAAGGUUACGACCCUGAGCCUCUCGCUCAAUAUGGAACUCUCGACGUCAUCUUCAACUACAAUUCGUCUGACCAGCGUCUGUCCGUCACGAUAACGGCACUGACGGACAUUCCUUCUCUCAAAUGCACGGGUAACAUCUCCUGGCAGGUGCAUCUGGUGCUGCUGCCCACCAAAAAACAGAGGGCCAAAACCAUCAUCCAGCGUGGCCCCUGCCCCGUCUUCACAGAGACAUUUCACUUCAGCCAUAUCGAGUCGGAGAUGAUCGGGAACUACGCCAUCCGGUUCCGUUUGUACAGCAUCCGCAGGAUGAAGAAGGAGAAGGCUCUCGGAGAGAAGGUGUUCUACCUCACCAAACUCAACCUGCAGGGCAAGAUGUCGGUCCCCAUCAUACUGGACCCCUGCUGCAACAUACCUGGCAGUGACUCCCAGGCAAGUGUGUCAGACGUAUCAUGCAGCGAGACGGCCUCGUCGUUCCCAUCUGCUGGUCAGGGGUCGGCUCCGGAGAUCCUGCUGGGGCUUGUGUACAAUGCCACUACAGGACGUCUCUCUGUGGAGGUCAUCAAAGGAAGCCACUUUAAAAACCUGGCAGCAAAUAAACCUCCCAACGGUUUGUUCUGUUGUCUAAAGCACUUGAUAGGUGGGCAGGUGUACAUAAUCCGAGACACGUACGUAAAGCUGACUCUACUGAACUCAAUGGGGCAAGAGAUGUCCAAGUGCAAGACGUCCAUUUGCCGAGGCCAACCCAACCCCACCUACAAGGAGACCUUUGUGUUCCAAGUAGCUCUGUUCCAGCUCUCCGAUGUCACACUCAUCCUGUCGGUCUACAACAAGCGCAGCAUGAAACGGAAGGAGAUGAUUGGCUGGAUCUCUCUGGGGCUGAACAGCUCCGGGGAGGAGGAGCUGACGCACUGGACACAGAUGAAGGAAUCGAAGGGACAACAGGUGUGUCGAUGGCACAGUCUUUUGGAGUCCUAGAAUGUCAACAAGUGAUGGCAAUGAUGUGUGUUAUGGCGUGGGUGACAGAGAGCAGGUCAAGCCCUCGAACGGCCCCAAGACCACAGAGCUGGCCCUCACUGCAGUGCAUUAUGAGAAACGCGAGUAGUUCUGGGGAUGUAAUCUGCUCUCCUUCCCAGUGCACUGUGGGAAACGGGUUAGAGAUAAUGAUGAGAACAGGGUUUGAGAUGUCAGACCGUUAAUGGAGGAAACACUAAUGAGACAGAGUUUUAUGUUUAUUUAGAUAUUUAUUUGUAUAUUUCUGACUUGAUGUUUCUACUUUUGUUCACCUUAAGAUGGGGUUGUGGUGUUUAAGGCACAGUAAGAGAGAAAAAACAAAUGAAUAUACAGUAUGUGUGAGAUCCAGAUAUGAAAGAUCUGCAGAGAUGAGACGAGUUAAAAUACCUUAGCUCAGAUUAUAACUGGUGUCCUAAGAUUACAUUACUCAGACCUACCAAAGUUGUACAGGGGUGCAAUUACUGUCAGGUUGACUAGAUGCCAUUCUGAGGCAUUUUAAUGGAAACUCUGACAGAUGGCUGGGUUCCUCAACAUGUGAUCAGAUUUUCUAGAUCAUGUUCUAAUACGGGAUUUAGUUCAUUCCACUUUGAAAUGUACUAUGAGAGUGCCAAUCCUGACUUCACCACAUACAGCCUGUCAUCCAGCGUUACAUGUCAGCUAUUUUAUUCCCCUCAUUCUGAAUUUAAUACUUGGAAAUCAGAAACACACCACAAAACAAAUAGAAAAAAUAUUCUUUCAUUCUCAAUAUAACAUUAACAGCCAAUAAGGGUACAACUUUUGUUUUAACUAUACUUUUCUACACACACCUUAAUAUAAUAAUAAUAAUAAUAAUAAUGUAUUAUAUAUAAUAAGAUAUUUAUAACCCUGAACCACAAAACCAGUCUUAAGUGUCAAUUUUUCGAAAUUGAGAUUAAUACAUCAUCUGAAAGCUGAAUAAAUAAGCUUUCCAUUGAUGUAUGAUUUGUUAUGAUAAGACAAUAUUUGGCCGAGAUACAACUAUUUGAAUAUCUGGAAUCUGAGGGUGCAAAAAAAUCUAAAUAUUGAGAAAAAUCGGCCUUUAAAGUUAUCCAAAUGAAUUCUUAGCAAUGCAUAUUACUAAUCAAAAAUGACGUUUUGAUAUAUUUACAGUAGUAAAUUUACAAAAUAUCUUCACGGAAUAUGAUCUUUACUUAAUAUACUAAUGAUUUUUGGCAUAAAAGAAAAAUCUAUCAUUUUGACCCAUACAGUGUAUUUUUGGCUAUUGCUACAAAUAUACCCCAGCGACUUAAGACUGGCUUUGUGGUCCAGGGUCACAUAUUACAAUACCUUUAUAAUAAAAGUAUCAAUUAUUAUGUAAAAAGAUUAUAAAGUAUAUCAAUUAUGUGUUUACAUAUACAAUCAUGAUAUGAUUUUUUUUUUUGUAAUCCACUGUAAAACAGAAGCAAUUCCUUAUUUAUUUUUUAUUUAUUAUAUUUUAACAUACAUUAUAGAAGGAAUCCCUAAAAUCCCUUCAAAUCAUUUUAAUAAAGUAAUAUAAUGUCAAUACAAAAUUGGUGAUAAUCGAAUUAUACAAUAUUGACCAUAAUAUUUUCACAACUUUAAAGGUCUGUUCACACCAAGACAACUAUAGUGUCCACACCAACAGACUAUAACGUAAGUUAUGUUAAUGCAAUGACAAAUGUGAUUUAAAGCACCAUUCCUGAUGAAGAACAAUGAAUGAGCACAUGCAUCAUCAGCUCUUACUUCGACUUUAUAGUCAAAUCUGUGACUGUUCUGAAUCGUGAGAACAUUACGAAACCAUUUUUGAAUAGUUUCUAACGUGGUGAAACAAAGGCUGCAUUAAGUUGACAGUUUAUAAUAUGGAUGUGUAUUUGCCAUACUUAAAAAGACUGUUCCCUCUUAUCUUUUGUAUUGAAUUCAUCUUACGAUCCUGAAUGUUCAAAUUUAGUACCUGAGACUUAACACUCAGUACUGCAACACUAGAGAUGUAGAAUGCCAGUGUUCUGGCUGAAUGUCCUGCAGAGGACCAGUGAUGAAACUGUGAGGAUGUUUAGAGUAUGUGAUGGUAAGGAGGCUUCUCAGCACUUUUGCUCUGUCUUUACAAGUGUCCUGAUCUCUGUGCAGUCAACCUGUUAAAAUCUGUCUUGAACUAGUUUCUUUCCUUUCUUGAACUCACUCAGUGAUUGUUACGUACUGUAAAUGGCACAUAGAUUUUGCUGAUCUAUUUUUGUAUCUAUAUAUCUGAGAAAAUGGACUCACUUUCUUUGUAAAUGUAUGAAGCUCUGUGAGCAGUAUGGAGUUGUAGACUUUGUUCUACUUUCACAGUUUAGUUGAUAUUUUGUUCUCUUUGGAUAAAACAACUGUUUUAUUAGUGAUUGUGUCACUCAUUCAGUGUGCCGUUUCAAAAUAUGACAAGAUAAAUGUUCGAAAACAAAAACAAAAAAAAACCUUCUUCACCUUCUCGUCCCUGUUACAGUCUUGCAGGUUGAUAGAAAAAAGUAUGUGUGUGUGAGACAAGGGGAGUGUUUGUUCAGUGUGAUGUUACAUACUGUUAUAUGUAUUCUUAGCUUUGCUAAUGUCAUCAUUUCAGGUGACGAUCCUGUAUUAUGUUAUACUCCCCUCAUUAAAAGAGAGAAAAGUCAGGUAUGGCAAGUAGCUGGACUCUUUGAGCUGGUAUGUUUUGUAAGACCAGAAUCAAGCACAUUUUUAGGGCACAUGGAGUCAUGAAACACAUCUUGUGAAAGAAUCUCAGACUGUGAUGGUCCUCAGAGAGUCACAACUGGACAACAUCUCCCUUACAGACCACAUCCCACGAAAUGCACAGCUGGGCUGAGCUUUCCCUCUCACGCUGGGACUGGGAGUUGUUCUCAGUUUCUUCUUGGCGAACUGAGUAAACAGUCUCGAAAUUUUAUUUUACCAUUCUGUCAACUUUUAAGCCUGAGAAAAUGCCACAGCUGUCAUAAUUACAAUGACAUAAUACAGCACGAUGUUGAAAUGUAGGAUGUUAAAUGCAUUAUGACUAGAAAACAGCUGUGUCACAAACUGACACAGAGAGGCUGUUAUGUCUCACUCGUGACAGUUUUAUUAGGGGCUUUGCCUCAUGCAGAUAUGGCUUCCAAAUUAUUUUCCCACUAUAAAUGAGAAUCUCAUUGCAGCUACAGUAAAUCAGUUAAAUAGGUUGGUUACACGGCUCUGCCAGCCUGCAGUCCCUCAGACUCAACCCUCCCAGUAGCUUUUGACCAGUCCAUCUUUAAAGGGAUAGUUCACCUUAGAUAUAACAUUUAGUUGUCAGUUACUCACUCUCAUAUUGUUCUAACUCUGCAUUAUUUCAUGAAAUUCAAAUUGAGAUUUUAGGCAGAAUGUCCAAGCUGCACUUUUCCACAUGAGUUGUACUCCCAUGCUCCAAGACUUCUAAGUCUUCUGAAACCAUAUGAUAGUUUGUGUGGAACUGACCAAAAUUAAUUGGUCACUGAUAAACAGAGCUCAUCAUGUCUAAAAAUGCAUUUAUUAGUGAAUACUGUCGUAAAUCAUGGCCUGUUCCACACACAAGCCUAUCAUACACUACUUCAAAAGUUUUGAGUCGGUUAGAUGUUUGUUUUUGAAAAACGUCUCUUAUGCUCAUCAGUGCUCCAAGUAUUUGAUCAAACAAAAGGAAUACAGUGAAAAAAUUAAAAUUGUGAAAUAUUUUUGCCAUUUAAAAUGAGGUUUUUCUAUUUUAAUAUAAUUUAUAAUAAUAUUUCUGAGAUGGCAACGCUGAAUUUUCAGCAGACACACCAGUCUUCAGUGCCACAUAAUCCUUUAGAAAUCAUUUUAAUAUGCUCAAGAAACAUUUAUUAUCAUUAUCAAUGUUGAAAACAGCUGUGCUGCUUAAUGUUUUGCGGCUCAUGAUUUUUAAGUUUAAAAAAGAACAGCAUUUAAUGGAAUUAUUUUUUUUAGUAACAAUGUAAAAAUAUUUGUUUUAUAAAUUUAAUGCAUCCUUGCUGAAUAAAAGCAUUAAUUUAUUUUAAAAACGUAGUU